GUCCGGUGUGUUUCAGCACAGUGAUGCUACUGCUCGUGUAUCUGUGGACAUUGUGUCGCAGAUCGGUGUUUGACACAAUAUCUGUGGUGAAAUAGUCCUGGACCGCGUAGAAUACCCCGUUACUAUUUUAUGGUAUUUGUCUAGAAUGUAUGGAUGGAUAGUUGACGGAAUUUCGUCGCUAUUUGAGCCCGUUACUGGGCAAAACCCCAACGAGUGGCCCGGGAAAGGUAACGUUAGCGAAAACAUACCCCAGCUCUCGGGCUUGAAAGUAGGGCCACAACGACAGGAAGGAGACGGCAGACCUGCGAAACGGAAUUACCGGAGUGUUGAUGUGGCAGCUGAUGUUAGCCAAAGUGACCAGGUAGAGGUGAAAAGACGCAAGCGAGAUGUAGUGAUCAGCUUUGUAAAGAAGACCGUGGCUGGCGUAGCAGGUCUACUCAGGCUGCGGAAUCCACUGACAAACAGCUGUAAAAAGCACAGACAUAAUGAAAAAACCCAGCCUGUUACUUUGAUGGGAAUAGAUGAGCUCCACACCUCAUGGAUAACAAGUGCUGAUUUGAAAAUGGAUAAACCAGAAGGUGGAGUUAAUGAGAGGGGUGCAAAGAACUCGUUUCAGAGUCCAUCACCUCCUUUAAUGAGGAAUUACAGUGCUACAGGGCUGUCCGACAGGGGGAAGGAGCGAGACAGGAAGGGUUCUCUACAGAUGCUGCCUUCGAGGCCUACUCUGAGAAUGGGAUAUACGACUGCUGAUCCCAUCUGUAAUGGCAUUGGACAUAACCGCUGCUACAAGCCCAGUCUCACUGUCGAAGAGGCCAUCAAGCAGAAUAAUAAAGAACACUACAGGCGUUUGUUGGAGAUGGUGACAGAAAAAUAUAGCAAAAGUCAACCACUACCUUUUACCCAAACAAAACCACAAGAUGAGACACUGUCGAAGUGUGAACACAAAACUGCUGGAAAACCCUUUGAAUCUGUUUCCAAAAAGACUGGAUAUACAGCUGCUCUGAAUGUAUUUACGUGGAAAAAUGUACCUGCACCAAAGAACAGAUGGGGUGGCCUCACUGUAAAUUAUACAUUGAGUGGAUCCUUUGACGAUACACAACAUGUGAGAUGCGCAAAGCCGACACCGGCACCAUCAGAGCCGGACCUUUCUACUGAAGUGGCCACGCGCCUCAACCUGGUGGACAAAGCCCCCCCUGCUGUCAGCCCCCCCGAAACACAUUCUACACACACUGCUCAUGCAAGAUACACUGAUGAAGACAUACCCAGGUUAAGCAAGGAAAUGGCAGCUGAGGUUAGUUGUGCUUUGGGUCAGAGUGAUCCCAACGUUGUCCUGAGUGCAGCCUUCAAACUGCGGAUCACACAGAGAGACCUGACCACGCUGCAGGAUGGAGGUUGGCUCAACGAUGAGGUGAUGAACUUCUACCUGUCCCUCGUCAUGGAGCGUAGCUCUCAAGCAGGACGAUUAAAAGUCUAUGCAUUCAGCACCUUCUUCUUUCCCAAGCUUGGCAGUGGGGGAGGGGGGCAGCCUGGAGGACAUGCUGCUGUCAAACGCUGGACCAAGGCUGUUGACCUGUUCGUUUGUGACCUGGUUCUGGUCCCUCUGCACCUGGGGGUCCACUGGGCCAUGGCUGUCAUAGAUCUUAAAUCCAAGACGGUGAGGUCAUAUGACUCGAUGGGGAACAGGCAUGAUGACGUCUGUGAUCUUUUACUGCUGUACCUAAAAGAAGAGCACAGAGUGAAGAAAGGCCGAGACCUCGAUGUUACAAAAUGGACCAUUGGGAGCUUGAAGGCCAGUGAGAUUCCUCAGCAGAAGAAUGGCAGUGAUUGUGGUGUUUUUGCUUGUAAAUAUGCGGACUAUAUCUCUAAAGGGCAGCCUCUCAGCUUUAAACAGUGCCAUAUGCCUCUCUUCAGGAAGUUGAUGAUAUGGGAAAUCCUGAAUCAGAAACUAUUGUAGAAGACUGCAAAUACAUCUCAACAAAAAUAAAUCUUCUAAUUGCAGAGACUUUUUGAAUGGGACUGAUAUUGUGUACAGUAAAUACACUGCAAAGAAGAAACUAAUGGGCCAAAGAUGUGGACUUCAGCUGAAAUCCAAGCCAGUCGAACUCCUCUGGUCAAUCAAAUAGUCUUAAGAGUUGCUUAUGUCCCUUUACCCAACAGGGAUGUAUUAACAUUUUGUAAUCUCUGAGUUGUAAUUAGAGACAGUUUUGGGUUGUAAGUAAUGUACGUUGUACCCAAGCAUCGGCUUGACUGAAUAAGUGUUCUGUUUUUUUCCUUAACUGACCUUAGAUUGUAAGUUUGGUUUGAAGUUCUGAAGUGCCUUCAUGCCUCUAAUUCUGAGCUCACAUUAAAGUGUUCUUUUUACCCUCUGACCUACAGUUUGUAGUCUGUAUUGAAGAGCUCAUCUUUGACUGUAUUCUUGCAGGUCAGAAGUGUUUGAUAGUACAAGGUAAUUAUAAUCAGCAAAGAGGACUGCAAGUCACUACAAUCUCUAAAUUCAAUCACUGAAAAAAAAGGCCUUUUUAAUCCUUUUCCAGACAGAAAGUGCAUGAGUGAGUGCUUGUAAAAUGCUUGUUUUUGCUUUUAUUUAUGACAUGACUGAAUCUGAAUGUUUUUGGGAGUAUUACUUAGGGUUUUUACAUCGAGUUACAGUAUAUCGUGAGUUAGAGCAAACUACUGUAAACAUGCAUGUGUAAGUUCAUGCUUUAAAAAUGUGAUUUUCUUCCCCGUCCAUAUAAUAAAGGUUUUCUCUUUAG